ACUUCGGUAAAAGGAAUAAGUACACUGGUCUUUUGUUUGUUAGAAAUAUGCUGGUCAUAACUCAAAAAAGAAAGUUAUUUAUAAUUAAAACAACUAUUCCUAAAAGUUAAAAUCAGCACUGACUCCAGACCAGCCGUGUGUUUUGUCAAACUGCGACUGUGCAGUGAAGUCGCUUGUCGAUGACGUCGAAGAGAGAGGCGGUGCGGGUUUGCCACGUCGGUCUCUGUGAAACGCAUUUACGCUGUUGCUCCUGAAGCCCGGGGAUAACUUUUAAAGCGGUUUAUGUGUCAAACUGGGAGAGUAAGCGAACCUCCAGCAUCGCCAGUACCGUGGUAACCCGUCGCCCCAGCUGUGCAGCCCGGGAUAUUGAAGCUGCAAGGCGGAUAAAAUGCUCAGUGCUGUCUGGACUCGUCAGGUUGGGAGCCGCACGACUGACUGAUGCAUCCUCGCUCACUUCACCCCCCCGUGUGUUGUUGGCCCGACUGUACAUGGUGGCUCGUUGAGGAGAAGGGGAGGAGUGCCAGCGGCUGUUGGUUGGUGGGCGGCGUCCGGGGUUGCCAAGGUAACUGGCGACCAUGCCAGGAGGUCGCAGGGGUCCCAGCAGACAGCAGCUAAGUCGCUCUGCUCUGCCGUCCCUGCAGACUCUGGUCGGAGGCAACAUCAGCAAUGGUACAGGCAUCAGGAACAGGAGCAGUAACUUGGUGGGUCUGUCUGCGCCCCCUAUCUCGGCCCUCAUUAUUCCGGAGCCGGUGCGUCACUCCAGGAUCCCCGAGCUGCCGUUAGACAGCAGCCUGCUGUUUGAGUUCCUGCUCUUCCUUUAUCUGCUGGUGGCCUUGUUUGUCCAGUACAUUAACAUCUACAGGACGGUGUGGUGGUACCCAUACAGCCACCCUGCUGCCUCUACCUCGCUUAAUUUCCAUCUAAUGGACUAUCACCUGGCUAUCUUCAUUACAGUCAUGUUGGCCAGGAGGCUUGUUUGGACUAUCGUUUCAGAGGUGUCUCAGAGCACCGGCGGAUCUCUUCUGCGCUACGUGGUUCUGAUCGCAGCGCGGCUCAGCCUGCUGACGCUGUGCGGCUGGGUGCUCUGCUGGACGCUGGUCAACCUCUGCAAGAACCACUCUGUGCUCAACCUCCUCUUCCUGGGAUACCCAUUUGGUGUGUACGUCCCUCUUUGCUGUUUCCAUCAGGAGGCGGGGAAAAGCCAAACGGCACCAGCUGACUGCGAUUACCCCGCAGACCACCAGCAGACCGAGCUAACGGAGACGCCGUUCUUUCGACCACGUGACUUCCUCUUCCUGUUGCGAGAGAACCUCAGAGAGCAGUUUUCCAGUCCCCCGCACAUGCCUACACACACCUGCCCACCACACACACACUCACACACGCCGGAGUUGAUUCGAGCAGAGGUGGAGGAGCUGAAGAGCGACUUCAACCGAAGAAUUAAGGAAGUGCUCUUUAACUCGCUGUUCAGUGCUUACUACGUAGCCUUCCUGCCUCUCUGCUUUGUUAAGAGCACGCAGUACUAUGACAUGCGCUGGUCCUGUGAGCAUCUGAUCAUGGUGUGGAUCAAUGCGUUUGUGAUGCUGAUGAGUCAGCUGCUGCCGCCCAGCUACUGCGACCUGCUUCAUCGCUCGGCGGCUCACCUGGGCCGCUGGCAGAAACUGGAGCACGGCUCGUACAGCAAUGCUCCUCAGCAUGUGUGGUCAGAAAGUACCAUUUGGCCUCAGGGGGUCUUGGUACGACACAGUCGAUCUCUGUAUAAGGCAGUCGGACCCUAUAAUGUUGCUCUGCCCUCUGAUGUUUCCCAUGCAAGGUUUUAUUUCCUGUUCCAUAAGCCCUUGCGGAUCCUGAACCUGCUGAUCUGGAUUGAGUCCAGUGUGGUUUUGUACCAGUUAUACUCUCUGCUGCGCUCCGAGCGCUGGAACCACACUUUGUCUCUGGGCCUUAUUCUCUUCUGCAACUACUAUGUCCUCUUUAAACUUCUGCGAGAUCGCAUCGUGCUGGGCAAAGCCUACUCCUACCCUCUGUCCUCCAACAGUUUGGGGCUCAAGGUGCAGUGAUCCUCCGCACAGUGAGACCUCACCUAUGUACUCUUGGUGUGGAGGAGAGACUGGCGGGGGUCUGGUAAAGGACCGGAGGGUUGAUCAGCACUCACGCAUUGGAGGAUGAGGGACAGACUGUGAACUCGUUACCGUGUUUUGAUACGGUUCUAUUUGUAAUGCAAUGUUUAUAUACCUAUUUAAAAGAAUAUUUUUAUUUUGUAUACUACUUCGAGUUACGCCGGGCAUUAUCACGCUGAUUACAUUAGCAUGUUGUGUUAUGUUGUUGCUAGGCGACAGGGAAGUCCGAGAAUGCCAGGAGGUGACUUUCACCAAAGAUAUUUUAAGUGCAGGUGGCCAAUCAGAGAGCAGGCCUGGCCUCCGAUAGUCAGUCAAAAAGACGAGCCACUCAGAGCAGUGGAAGAAGUUGUGCCUCAGAUCCUGACUCGUAUCUGUCCAUCAAGUGUGAGGCAACAGCACUCAGACAGUUAGCUCAAAGAUGGCACAAAGGAAGAAAUUGAAGGAAUGUCUAGCCUGGUUAGUCCAAUAGUAACAGAAUCUGCCUUCCAGCACCUCUAAAACUCACUUAUCAACACAUAUGUCUCCUUUGUUUAAACAACAGUAUAUUUGAUUUACAGCGGGUUACGUGCAAGACUGUUUCUUGGCUUUGAGCAGUUGCCAGGCAACCACAGAUAUUUGUCUUGUCAUUUUCACACUUGGACAUUUCAAUGAAUUAAACAAAGGAUGUGUUCAAUUGUUUUUAAACUUUAGACGGAGCCAGUCUUUCCCACCUUUUCCAGUGUUUGGGCUAUGCUAAGCUAACCUGCUGAACAAACAGUGGCUCUGAACACAGCCCUAGUGGUGAUUUGUACCACCAAGUGGAAUAAAAUGUUCUUAAAACCUUGAGAUAGGGAAAACAACUUAGGUACUCUGAUCCUCUGCAGAGAGCGGUAUUCUUCCUCAAUCACUUUAGGUACUGUGUUUUUCACUCUGUGUCUGCUUAAUUCACAUCAUUGGUUAUCUUGAGGGCAGUUACAGCACCAGUCUUUACAAACUUACACCCAAGUGUCAACCUCUGUGUGGGGGUGGAAAUACUAUUGGCAUCUUUAAACUCAAAGCAAACCCACAAAUCAUUUUAAAUAAACCUCUUGACACUGACUGAUUUUUCUUUUCAUAAAGGCCGAAUGGCUCUGGUUGUUCCUUAAAAAGUGUUAGCUUUGCAGGGCUGCUGCUGUACCCAGAUGAUGAUUACAGUCGACUUGCUAAUGGCUGACCACACUUGGUAUUUUGAAAUGUUCUCAAUGACUCAUUUGUGUUAAAGGUGAUGCCGUCAAUGUUUAUUUGUUCGAUUUGGUGCCCGAAUGCUUUAACCAUAAUGGUAUUAGGACCAUAUCGGAAUAGGGUCUUUGUGGAUUGGAUGUAGAUAAAGGAACAAAUGUGGCUAUAAUAAAGUUAUGUUGGUACGUCCUAGGACCUAACACUUCUCAUGCCAUGUUUUCGUGGAUAAACACAGCAGAAGGUAUUCUAAUAGUGACCUUUGCACGGGUGCUUAAUGCAAAAUCAAAUUCUGGAGGGUAAAGACUGUAUGCGUCACAUUAUUACCAGUUUAUGUAUUCUCAGUUGCCGGGAAGGUGUUACAAACAGGUUCUCUUGCAUGCCGUUGCCUUUUCUGUUAAGUCACACUUAGUGAACAUCCCUUUACUCCAAAGUAUGUUUCUUUAUGAGCUUCCUCUCCCGUCUCUACUUCAGUCGAUAACUAAAGCAGUAUUAAGUACAGGCUGUUCAGUAUUCAGAUAGAAAUCAACAGAAAAUGAUAUUUUUCCUAUCUUUAGGUUCGACUCUAAGUAAAAAAUUAGAAGAUCAAUGUUUCCUGUGCGGUCGUGAGUCUCACAUUAGCUUCUAUAGUCAAGUUUCAUGUCGAGUCUAAAUGAGAUGGUGGAAACUAAUUUUGAGAUUAACCGGUAUGUACUUGUCUGGAUCACUGGUACUGCUCUGUGCCUCUAUGAAGUUUGACAUUUUACUAUGUUUAGUCUGCACAUCCAGCCCUUAAAUACUCUCCUGUGUGUCUCUGCUUUAUUUUGCAGUCCUUCUCCACUUGAAUGUAUCAAAUGUCUUUGAAUUGGCAGGUAUUUAAGGGUAGUAGUGCCAUCACAUACAUUUCAGUUUUUUAACGGGUGUACUUUUUUCACCCAUAUCUCGGUAACACAGAGAGAAGACAUUUUUAAGUUUGAUUGAAAUCUUGUUUCCACGCCGAUGCUCUCUUUAUUGUUAAGUCUUUACUCGAGUUUGACACAACCGGUGUUCUUUGUUUUUAAGAAACCUGUAACACCACAAUUCAGGAAGAGGAAUACGAUUUGUGAAGAUUUCAGGUCCUAUAACAGCUUGACCACGUUGCCCCAAAGUGUACUUGGUGUUUCUUCAGCUUAUAUUCAAUUUGAAGACAGGUUUUUAGUAAAACUGAUGAUGUUGAUCUGUUCUCUGCUACUUAUAUUGUCAAAUUAAGUUGCAGAGUUAGUUUUCCAUGUGCCAUAACCCUGGAUUCAGUUUCAAUCUCCUGGUGAAACCUGUUGUUGAAUGUCUUGCUGCUGGAGAAGUCAUUGGAACUGGUCCUCAUUUUUCAGCUUUUUACACUUUCCAGUUUCCCCACAUCAUUUCUGAAAAUGCCUUUUGACUUCCAAAAUAAAACAAAUGUUUAAAAUAA